AUGAAAGAUUAUGUGGUUCCACAAGAAGACGAAGAUGAUGAGAAGGAUUUCUGCUGUGUAGAGAAGAAGGAAUUCAAAUACAAAGCUAACAAGUACGACAACCUAGAUUGGGAUACAUGCUCGGGUUUGAAUAUAAAAAGGCUAAUUCAAAUGCUCAGCAAUCAUUCUGUUGGUGCAGACCUCCAAAUUUUUACACCAGAUUUCAGUGAUCUUAAGCCGGGCGAAAUCUACUAUGGUCCCCAAACUGAGGUAUCUACUUUGGUCAAUUUGCAUGUGGUGAUUAUUGUGGCGGUGAUUAGGUACAAAGGAAAGCUUGUGGCAAAGUGUAAAUCAAGCUACGGAACAAAGUGCAACGACGCCGGAUACAUAUAUGUAAGUUUGACCACCAUGCUUUAUGUUUCCAAUGAUCGUAAUCCGAGCUCUCUGUUUACUCGGUUAGUAGUUCUAAAGUAG